AUGCCAUUCGCCACAAGAGUUCCCCGCCUCGCCUCAGGUUGUAUCGCGCUGGCUGUGCUGUUCUCGUCAGUGUAUCUGGCUGUGCGCCGCUCCAGACGCAAGGCUAUUCGUGCCCGGCUUCCUCAGGAUCUGCUCUCGUGGCGGGAACCGUUGGAUAAGAACGGAAAACUUGAUGUUGCCGUUUGGGACUGUCUCAGCGACCACUUUCAACGGCGCGGCUACACAUUCUGGCGCCGGGCGCAGAGAAUGCUUCGUCAAGACUUGGACCCACCCAAGGUCGUGAGCUUGCGCGGGUUUGGGUACGCUCGCGCCCAUGAAGGCUGGGACCGCAUGAGCAAUUUUGAUUUCCUUCACGAGUUCAACUAUCCUACACACGCCGUACACGCAGCUAACACUCGGGAGGGACAGGCUGUCGUGAUACGUGUUCUUGCUGUGGGAAACCAGGGGUGUGAUCACGUUACGAUCCUCCGCUUUAUAGCAUCCACGUAUCAUGCCACCGCGAGCAGGAACCAUGCGUUACCACUCCUCAACGUUUCCUAUUUCGAGGACAUCUUGUUCGGGAUCUUUCCGAUGGUCGGCCAAGAUUUGCGCGAUCUGCUCUAUCCGUUCAGAAAGAACUCUGUUGGCGAUAUUGUGGACAUCAUCAUGCAGUGCUUGGAGGCACUUGACUACAUUCAUGGAGAGAACAUCGCGCACAGGGAUGCAUACAAGGAGAACUUCCUCUUGCAGUAUUAUCCGCAGUCGUUGGUGAACGACCCCCUCCGCAUCACGCGUCCGCGUGUAUUCCUUCAUGACUUCGAAGUCUCAGUCAUGUUCGAGAACUUGCCCCGGGAGAAGCACCUUUGCAUCGGCGUCCCUCAGGGCGGCACCGUCCCGUUCUCCCCAGACUUCAACGGCCGAGCCUCUCCGGAGGUACUGACGGGCGAGCCGUACUGCCCUUACAAGCUGGAUGUGUGGCAGUUGGGGAAGAGCUUCACCGACUUCAAGUCGACGGUCCCAGCAAUUGAUGCAAUCCUGGAGCGAAUGCACGAGCCUGAUCCGGCUCUGCGUCCGACGGCUUCUGAGGCACUAGGGCAGUUGGCAGACUUCGUGGCCGCUACUCCGCCCCGUGAUUUGCUGAUUCCCCCGACUACUCCGCAUUCUCACCCUCCAUCAUGA